UUCAGUCAACCCAACCCACGCAUCGCCCAGGGAGAGGAGAGAGCUGCAUAAGCAGGUGAGGUAGAUGGAGAGCUCUGCAACCUUCAGGUGAUCCUGCAGAAAUGGCCAUUUCUCUGUGGAAGAACGUACUUCAGACUACGAAGGAGAGGAUACUGCAGCAGAGGGGGGUGUCACUCUAUAAUAGUGCCCAUGGGUACGAGGAGGAAGCGAUCAAGAAGAAACUUCAGCAGUUUGCUGGUGGAUCCAUCACCCUCUCCAAAGAAGAUGAUGGCAUUGGGAUACUUACUUUGAACAACCCGAAGCUAAUGAAUGCCUUUACAGGCACCAUGAUGCUGGAACUCCAGGAGAGGGUGUCCGAGCUGGAAAACUGGAAGGAUGGCAAAGGCCUUAUCGUCUGCGGUGCAGGAAACACCUUUUGCUCGGGAUCUGAUUUGAACGUGGUCAAAGCAAUAGCCAACUCCCAGGAUGGGAUGAAUAUGUGCAUGUUUAUGCAAAACACCUUAACCAGACUCAUGAGAUUGCCUUUGAUCAGCGUUGCGCUAGUCCAAGGGAAAGCCUUUGGAGGAGGAGCAGAACUUACCACGGCGUGUGAUUUCAGGUUGAUGGCACCGGGCAGCGAGGUGCGGUUUGUCCAUAAGCGCAUGGGGCUGGUGCCGGGCUGGGGAGGAGCCGCCCGCCUGGUGGCCAUCGUGGGCCACGGGGCCGCCCUCCGGCUGCUGAGCGGGGCCACCAGGGUGGACCCUGAGAUGGCCCGGCGCCUUGGGCUCUCGGAGGAGACCUUGGAGUCCUCGGAUGGAAGCAGAGCGCUGGAAGAGGCCCGCGCCUGGCUGGGCCGGCACACGGAGGGCCCGGCCAGCGUGGUGCGGGCCGUGAAGGAGGUGGUGGCCGCGGGCAGGGAGCUGCCGCUGGAGACCGCCCUGAGGACAGAGAAAGACAUUUUUGGAAGGGUGUGGGGUGGCCCUGCCAAUCUGGAGGCAUUGGCGAGGAGAGCAAAGCAUAAGUGACAGUCGGUGUGUGAGAAACCUUCUUGGCCUUUCUGCGGCCAAAGCUGCGGCUGAAGCUGCCAUUAAAGGGAGUCGUUUCAGGACUCGGUCACUGAGGGUGGCAUUAACGUCCCUGUCACUCGCCUGGGGCAGACACCAGAGUGUCCCACCUGGCU